AUGGCGCCGCCCCGGCCCGUCCUGCACCGCGGCGCCAACAUGGCGGCGCCCAGCGAGGGCCGCGCGGGCCGGGGCUCCGCGCCCUUCCCGGGCACCGAUAGCGGCUCCUUCCCCUUCCCCUUUUCCGUCCCGCACGGCUCGGCUGGGGAGUCACCCAAGAAGCCAUGCCGAGCCUGCACGGACUUCAAGAGCUGGCUCCGCGAGCAGAGGAAGCAGGCGGCCCCGGGCAGCGCGGACGUGGCUGUCGUGGAGGAGAAGGAGCCCCCUCCGGACUGUCCCCUGGACAGGGAGCAGCUGGGCCGCAGCACCUGGGCCUUCCUGCACACCAUGGCUGCCUACUACCCCGAGCGGCCCUCGGGGGCACAGCAGAGGGAGAUGAGGGACUUCAUCAACCUCUUCUCCAAGUUCUACCCCUGCGAGCACUGUGCUGAGGACCUGAGGGAAAGAUUACGGACAAACCAACCCGAUACGAGCACCAGGAGUAACUUCUCCCAGUGGCUGUGUCUGCUCCACAAUGAAGUGAACAGGAAGCUGGGGAAGGCAGAAUUCGACUGCUCCCGUGUGGAUGAGCGCUGGAGGGAUGGCUGGAAGGAUGGCAGCUGUGAUUAACCCCCAGGGAUUGCUCUGGGAAUCCAGCAGAGCACUUCAGUCCAUGGGGAAUCGCUGCAGGGACAGUGGGAAUCAAUAAUUGUUUGUGUGGGACUGAUUCACAGCUGAACCAAUAAGGAGAAUUGAAAAUCCUAUCCCAAUGAUAUUUUGAUGAGUGGUAUCUGUAAUGGUACCUGAGGGGUUGAGGCUUCCAGAAACCUCUGAGAUUGGGUCACUGACAAACUCAUUUCAUUGUGACAUUUCCUGAUUUUGGGGGCAUUUGCUUAUUUUUGUGGCUAGAAUUUAUUUUCCCUGAACACAGUGAUGUUCUCUGCAGACAUUGCCUGAUGUUUUACAAAAUGCAUCUGAUUAAUUGUCAUUUUCAUUUCUGUUGUUCUGAUAGAGAAAAUUCAUGCUGGGUUUUGUGCCAAAUCUGUACCUCUGGAUUUCUCUUUCCAGGAUCUCCAACAUUUGUUGUUGCUCUUGCAUUCAAUUCCCUUGAUAAAAGUCCUGAGGACAGGUACAUUUCAUUUAAACACUAAAAUCGUGGAAACUAGGUUUCUCAGUUUGGUUUUGUGUUUCAACUUAUUAUGUCAGAGGACAAAGCAGAGUCAAAAUCAUUUCAAGUUCUUCACGUAGGUCGUGAUCUCAUCCCUUCCUGCUCUCCUGGCUGGGAGAAGUUUGCACGAACCCUGACAGCAGCAGGGUUUUUUUCCUUCCCUGUUUCCUGCUGAGGUUUUCUUGCAUGUUUUAUUGGGCUUCCUUAUGUCAUGCCCCACAGCACACUUGUGAAUUUACCCUUAGGAUUUUCUUGCAAGUUUUGACUGGAAAUGUUAAUGAUGCUGUUGUAAUUACAGCAAUGGCACUUCUUAUCUGAACUGAUCUUAUCUGAACUUACAGACUUUAGUCCUCACACCACUCAGUGGGGCUCCUUUAGAGGUGAAAGAACCAGUAACACCUUUGGAAACACAUUUUAACAUUUUGUGGGACAGUCAAAGUCCUUUCAAGUCGGUUCUGUUAAAAUAAUAUGAGACUUUUAUGGACUAAUGAUUCCUGAACUUUUUAUGUUGUAACAUUUCUAAACACAAACCCAAAUGAGCUGAUAAUGAGGUAUUGCAUGAGGAGUGUGAUUGAAGGUGUCAUUCAGGCUAUUAAAAGUGCUCAGAAAAUUUCCCUAUCACCAUAUUAAGGUUCUUAGACCAAACAAAUCCCAGCUCUUGGGUUUUGUCUUUUGGUAAUAAACUCAGGCCCCAAAACAAAGCCCAUUGGGAUCCACUAGAGGGGAGAGGACCAACAAAAGGGCUGCAGCCUCCCCUUUUUGCAGGUAGGACCCAAGUGACUCAGUUCUGCCAGGACACUUUUGGCAGCUGGGGGUGUGGGAAGGCGUUUCCCUCUGGGUCUGCUUGUGCUAAAGCAGGAAUUUUGUGUUCUUCCAUUCCAAUCUGCCCUCAACUGUUCUCUGUGACAAUUCCCUCGCCCACGGAGCAGAUGAUGAGAUUUCUCCCUCAUUUGUUGCAGUGUAAAUGAGGAAAACGGGUUGGUGAAGCAUCUGCCCCAUCCUUUGUCACCUUCAUCUGCCAGGGGAUCAGGCUGGGGAGUUGCAGUGCCCUGUGCCAGGCCUGGGAUGUGCUGGCCAGGGUCAGGGAGCAGCAGGGACAGCCCCCACCACACCUGUGCACUCUCUGAGUGCAGACAGGGAGGUGAGGGUGUGUCCAACCCAUUCUGGUCACUUUGUGUGCUUCAGGGAGCUGGAGGUGGAGUGCAGGAGGGAAAGCCUGUUCUGCCCUGCAGGAGUUGGGAAGAGCCUUCAAGCUGAGUCUGUGUCUCCAGCAAAUCCUGCUUAAAAAUGAGCACACCAGCUGUGGCCAGGAUGAUUUUAGGGCAGUUUCUAUCUUUGCCAAGUGGCUAUUUGAUAAAAUCUGUGCUUGCACUCUGUUCUCUCGUGGUUUUGGCUUGGCAGAAGAGUUCUGAUGUUAUUGUUUCUCAGGCAUAUCCUCACCUCUGUGGACUUGGCCAUGUGAGGAGUGGGGAAAGUUGUUUUGCUGCUUAUUUGUACCACAAGUUUUAGUCUUGGGUAAGGAAUUUCCAUUGGGGGUCCUCAUACUCCUGUAUAGAAAAUUGUGAAUUCUCUACUAACUGCACUUGAUGAAAUCUAGUUUUAAAAAUCUCUGUAGUCAAAUUAUAUUUCCUGUUGAUGUAAAAAUAAUAAAGGAACUGAAUUCA